GUACACAGGUGAUAAUUGAAACCAUGGGAAUGAAUGACAUCAUCAAGAGAGAGAGAGAGUAUACAGAGAGAAGAGUACAGGACCCAGGCAGAGCUUUUGGGGGAUACUCACUCUUAAAGAGUGAGAGAAGGAUCAUGAAUGAAUGAAGAAGAGUGGUCAUCCAGCCUCCUCUAGGAAGUAGGACCCCCUAGAACAAUGAAGAGUGUAGCCAAAUCCUGGGGCACAACAGUAAAGCAAGGGACCCAUGGGAUUGAGCGGGGACGCCCCAUUCCUCCAGCUACUUCUGGCAUGAAGACUUCCAAAUCUUCUACAUCACUCUCUUUUGAGUCUAGACUCAGCAAGCUAAAGAGGGCCAGUAGUGAUGAUAUGCUCACUAAACCAGGCAGUGCUAACCCCUCUGGAGUCGUCAGGAUGAAGAAAACAGCAACUUCCGGGGCCAUCUCAGAGCUUGCGGAGAGCCGGUUAAAGAGCUGCGUAGGAACAAUUUCAUCCACCAAGCGGACGGGGAUUCCGGCUCCUCGAGAACUUGCGGCACCCAUCUCAAGAGAGAGGACGGCCCUUCGAGCUCCCGCCAGCACCAAGAAACCACUCCCCAGUCCGAUAUCUUCCUGUGCCCCCACUCCUACCAAGCACUUAAGAGGCACCAAUAAAUCCAAGCAGGAGAAUGAAGCCGGGGACAAGGCGUUGCUGGAAUCCCAGGUCCGGGAGCUCCUGGCAGAAGCCAAGACAAAAGAUUUCGAAAUCAGCAGGCUCCGGAGCGAACUCAAGAAAUUCAAAGACAAAGGUUCCCCCAAUGCCUCCGAGGGGCCCGAGGCCUGUGACCAGAACGGCGACGGGCUGUCACCGCCCCCUGGGGACCUGGAUCCCUUGAUAAGAACUCUUCAGGAGAAGAACAAAAAUUUCCAAAAAGAGCUGGUUGAUCUUGGGGAGGAGAACCGGGCUCUCAAAGAAAAGCUGGCCUGCAUGGAGCACUCCCCCAGCUCGGAGGCACCCACCAGCAACGAUGGGGACAGCAGCCUGCCCACCCCCACGACUCAGGAGUCGAGCUUCGGAAGCCCCACGAGGAACCAGCUAUCUGGGGAGAUGGAGGACUACAAGCAGCCUCUGAGCGGGAACGCCCUCCGGACCUCGGGCUCCUCAAGCAGCGACGUGACCAAAGCUUCUCUGUCCCCUGAUGCUUCUGAUUUCGAGCACAUAGUGGAGGCCCCUUCCAGGCCCCUGUCGUCGGGCAGCAACCCCUUCAAGAGCCCCCGGUGCUCCACGGGGGGCAGCUCUCCCAACAACAUCAGCGAGCUGUCAGUGGCCUCCCUCACGGAGAAAAUCCAGAAGAUGGAGGAGAACCACCACAGCACCACAGAGGAGCUCCAGGCCACGCUGCAGGAGUUGUCGGACCAGCAGCAGAUGGUCCAAGAGCUGACGGCCGAGAACGAGAAGCUGGCGGACGAGAAGACCCUCCUGGAGACAUCCUUCCACCAGCACCGGGAGCGUGCCGAGCAGCUGAGCCAGGAGAACGAGAAGCUGAUGAGCCUCCUGCAGGAGCGGGCCCAGGGGGAGGAGGCUGGCAGCCAGGACGAUAAGGUCCUGGAGCUGGAGCAGAAGUGCACCGAGAUCCUGGAGAAUGCCCAGUUUGAGAGGGAAAAGCUCCUCAACAUCCAGCAGCAGCUGACCUGCAGCUUGCGCAAGAUCGAGGGGGAGAACCAGGGGGCGGCUGAGGUGAUCAAGCACCUCAAGGAGGAGAACUCGCAGCUGAGCGGCCUCCUGGAGCGGGAGCGGCACAACAGCAGCGCGGCCGCCAAGGCCCUGGAUGACUGCCGGGUCAGCCUGGAGGGGCUCAAGAUCGAGAACGCGGCGCUGAAGGCCCAGCUGGAGAGUGAGAAGCAGAAGGCAGUGGAGCUGGGCGCUGUGGGCCACGCCCGGGAUACGUCCGAGGUGCAAGACAAGCUCAAGGUGGCCCGGGCCGAGAAAGACCAGCUGGAGCUGUCCUGCAUGGAGCUCAAGCAGGAGCUGCUCAAGGCCAACAGUGAGAUCCAGCACAUCCAGGGCAUGCUGGCCAAGGUGGAGAAAGAAUGCGGUUACCUGAAAGAGGUAUGUGACCGGCAGGCCGAGCAGCUGAGUCGGACCAGCUUGCAGCUGCAAGAGAAAGCCUCAGAGAGUGACGCUGAGAUCAAGGACAUGAAGGAGACCAUCUUUGAGCUGGAAGAUCAGGUGGAGCAGCACCGAGCGGUUAAACUGCACAAUAACCAGCUGAUUAGUGAACUCGAAAAUAACGUGAUGAAGCUUGAGGAACAGAAGCUGGACCUGGAGCGGCAGCUCAAGGCUCUUACGAAGCAGAUAAAGGAGGAGACAGAAGAAUGGAGGCGUUUCCAAGCGGACCUCCAGACGGCCGUGGUGGUGGCCAACGAUAUCAAGUGCGAGGCGCAGCAGGAGCUCCGUUCGGUCAAGCGAAAGCUGCUGGAAGAAGAGGAGAAGAACGCGAAGCUGCAGAAGGAGUUGGGGGCUGUGCAGGGGAACAGCAGGAGAGACUGCGCCUACUCCAUCCCAUAAACUCUUGCAUCCAAGAGGGAAAGAGAGGCAGCUGGAAAUGGUUCGAGAGAGAGCAGAUGGACACUGAUGACCGUGUUAAAAAUAAAAGCUCCUUACUACAUUAUUUUGCACUCACCACGGGACUAAUAAAAUCUUAAGAGUUUUCCUUUUUAUGGUCAGGAAUAAAUGUUAUUACUUUGGGGUCCUCAAGCUCAGGAAAUUACUCGUAGUCAUUCUUUUUCAAGGUUCAGAUGCCUGGUGGUCGUUUGGCCUAGAAAACAGGCUGCAGGAUUUGGCUCCUUCUUAUCACUGGCACAGUCCAAAGCAGGGGUUUAUUGGGGAUGCAACAGAAAGCAGUGGGGAGACCCCGAAGGCAGACAAUGGGCCUCGAUUUCCUUAUGUGGUAAAUGCGGGGCUUGGAUUAGAAUGAUCUCUUGAGAUCACGUCUGGCCCUAAAUCUGUGAUCUUAGGAACUCCAAUUCCCAUUUUCAUGACUUUUGGAGACUUUAGAGAAUGGAAUAACAACCCUUAAAGGUUUUGAGGUCUAAGUUAAUUAGCCCCUCAUUAUCCCAGUUUUCCAACUCUACCGUUGAGUCUAUGAUUCCAGAAAGGAUUAAGAUGAAAUGGAGGAAUAAAAAAAAGUAGGCGUCUGGCCUUAUAAUUUAAUAAGUAGCUAUGAAGUGCCGUGGUCCAUGCCAGGCCCAGGAGGUGCAAAAAUAUAACUCAAGCAGUCCCUCUCUUCAGGGGAGAUCCACUCUACUGGAACAGACGCACAGGACCCCCUUCUUAAGCCCCAAGAGAAGUCUUGGCGCUCACAGAGCCAGAUCGUAUCCCCCGACGAGCUGUUAGUGAUGGGGCCGAUCUGUGUUGGCUUUUAUAUGUCUGCCUCUCUGUCUCCUUGUCUGUCUGUCUUGCUUCCUUACUCUGUUUUUUAAAUAGAACCCAAAGGUCUAACUUCCAAUGCUUAGUCAUAUUUAAUCAGCCACCCGACAAGCAAUUAUGAGCCACCUACUAGGUGCAAGGUGCUGGAGAGACGAGGGCAAAAAUGAAAUAAUAGGGGCUGCCCUCAGGGGGGCUUAGCUCUUUCAGGGAGAAGAUGCUUUGUUAUCUCCGUAUUAACAUGUACACACAAGUGUCUAUGGACACAUACACAAAUACAUAUAUGUGUGUGCAUGAAUAUGCAUGUAUAUGUCUAAUAAGUGCAAAGUGAUUUUGAGAGGGAAAGUUCUAGCAGCUGGAGGAAAUGGUAACAAAUUAAUCUUGGAGGUAGAGAAAGCCCAAGAGAUCAUUUGGAGAGAACUUCAUUUGUAGCAUAAUCUAUAGGAAACAGGCUGGAAUCCAUGAAUAGAACCUGAAAAUUGCAGUGAAAUAUGGAUCUUUAAAUACAAGUGUACAUUUUAGCACUUAAUUUAGGCCUCCCUAAACCUUCAGCCUCACGACCAUUGUUUAAAACAGGAUGCUUUCCUUGCAGCCCUCUCAAGGCUGUCUAAUUCCUAUAUGUGGAAGUUCGGCCCCCUCCUCCAGCCCCCAGUUUCAGGGCCAGGCCCCCCUCUCGAGUGUGACACGUUACUGAACUCCAUUUGAGCCUCCCCGCGUCCCCAUGCGUCUCGUUGCGUUGACGGGCCCCGCUCUUGGCAGAGCAUCAGACAAUGCUUCCCAGCGAUGGUUUCCUGUCUGAUGGCAAGCUUCCUUGGCAAAAUGCCCUCCUCCCAAGAGGUGGCUGCUCCUUGGAGGCUAACAAUGGCUCGGCCGCUUCCUGAAUGCACCACGGGAGCAAGAAGCGGAGCCCAGCGUGGUCCCCCGGGACCCCCAUGCAGCUACUUUAGCAUUUCCACUCUGGCUAAAUGAAUUCUUGGCUGGAACCCUGAAUUGUAGUCUUUGUGCAGGGAGGCAUAAUGAAUCAUUCUUGGUUCAGCCACAGCCAGGAAACUCACAGAAAAGGUCCUGGUGAAUUCUUCCAAGCACAGCCUCUGAAAGAAAGGUAAGGACCUCCAGGAAGGCGCCCCAAGAAAAAACCAGCGACUGUCUCAUUCAAUUUGCAAUUUUGCAAAAGGGACCUCUUUGGGGAGUGUCGGGACCACAUAGCGAAGCAGAGGUGUGGCUGAAAUCUCUGGGUCUGGGUGAAAAUUAGCAUUUCUUGCUCAGUAGCUUAAAAUAAUCCACUAAAACCACUGGUACUUCAGUGGCAAAGCAGUAGUAACUAGGAUACGGCAACUGGGACUUGACCCAAAGGCACUGAAUUUCAAGGGUGCUGUCAACCAUAUUUAGGGGAUUUUUAGCAAGGUAAAAGCAACUGAGGUUUGGCAAAAAUAAAUUAUUAUGAUUAAGAUAAUAUGGCACACCCAGCUCCUCAUAUCUCAGGAAGACCCAGUGUCAAGAUGCACCUCUGACCCAUGAAGAGUGACUUACUUAGGAGUUUAAUACCCCCAGGAAAAUUUCUGAGAUGAUAAAUUUGCAGAGGAAGUCUUGACUUGCAUUGGUUGUAGGAGUGUUCUCUGCCAGUGAAAUCCCAGGGAUAGCUCCUAACUCUCCAGGAUUAUAGGAAGGAAGCUAGCAGGUGGGUAGACUGAGGCAGUUCCCUACACCCUGAUUUUUUCUCCCCUGAGUACUCCAGCAAACCAAAGUAUCUCAUCUCCUUUUCAUGGCAUGGUGACCCCCCCAUACUCCCCUUUCAUUCUACUUGUCAUCCAUACCACUAGCUUCACCUUCUCUCCUAGUAAUGGUUCUUUGGUUCCAGAUGUCAUUUGACCAAACCACUUUCUUUCUUUCUUUUUUUGCUGAGGCAAUUGGGGUUAAGUGACUUGCCCAGAA